GCCGGGGCAGUCGUGUAAAAGCCAUGCCUAAAGCCAGUUCAGUUUAUGGCCAAUUAGAGCGCAAACUCAUUUGCAUGAGGCUUAGGACGAGCCAGUGGGAAUUCCAGUGCCAGUGCCUAUGCCUCCGCAUGGGUCUGUUGCUGUUGCUGCUGUCACCAAUCGGUAGGGCCUGUGCCAGCGGGGCGUGGAAAUGUCUAUACAAAGAAUUUCCAGUUGACACAGAGAAGAUCAAGGGCGGCUGGUGGAUUUAUGGGACCAAUCCAGGGGGAGAGACCCGAUGCUACCUCGACGGCCUGAAUCUCUAUUGGACACGCAUCACCAUGACGGACUACGAUAAUUAUGCCGUGGAACUUCACUGCUCCCUGCCCUGGUUCAAGCAUCUGAUGGCCAUCUACACCAGGACCCAGGAACCCACACAGGAGACCCUCAACGCAGUCGCUGGCUACCUUCAGACGGUACGUCUGUCAUUGGCCAACUUUACGCUGGUGGCGAAGCCGGAAAACUGUGUGAACCAGAGCCACGGUCCCUGGCAGCGCUGGUAUCUGGCCAGGUAUCUUCAUUUGGAAUACCAUCCGCAUUAUCUCAAGCCUCUGAUCGACGAUGAAAAUAUCUGAAGCAGUCAGUAGUGGUCUCUCUCUCUCUCUCGCGUGGCCCAAACUUUCUUUAGCCAGAAAUUUACAUAUAUGCCAAAUUUGGUCGAAAAAUAUGCGAAUAACUUAAAACAAUGAGAGAAUUGUUCAGCCCAAGUCGAAUUUCAGAUACCCUCGCAGUACCAGAGCCGCGGGGUGCCAUCAAAAUAAAUGAUAUGAUCUUCUCUGA